CGCGGAGGCCUGUGGGUAGGGAGCCCGCCGCGCGCUGCCUCGGCGGCCGCCUCCACCAGGUGACAGUUGGCUUCCCGGUUGCUGCUGCCGCCGCCGCCGCCUCCUUGCUUCUCCUCACGAGCCAGGCCGGGAAGCGAGGACGGAAAGCAGGAAGCCCCCGCUGCCCGCCCGCCCGCGGCCGCUCUCCACGGCCGCCGGCAACAUGGACGGCAGGGCGGCGGCGGCGGCGGCCGAGAGCGGAGCGGGACCCGCCGGCCCGCUAAGGAGACCCACGCGCCUGGCGUCGGUGGCCGGGCCCGGGGCGGCCGUGGCGGCAGCGGCGGCUGCAGCGACUGGGGCGGCCACGUCGUCGAGCGCCGCCGGGUCUCGCCAGCCGAGUGUGGAGACCCUCGACAGCCCGACAGGAUCACACGUUGAAUGGUGCAAGCAACUCAUUGCUGCUACAAUUUCUAGUCAGAUUUCAGGUUCUGUGCCCUCAGACAGUGUAUCCAGAGAGUACCGGGUAUACAGGAGGCCUACUAUAAGGGAGAUUCAGGAUGGACACAAUGGUUAUCCUUCUGGCGCAGAAGUUGAUCAGGCACUGAGGGAUGGAAACAAGCUCGCCCAGAUGGAAGAGGCUCCACUUUUUCCUGGAGAAUCAAUUAAAGCUAUUGCUAAAGAUGUCAUGUAUAUCUGCCCAUUUAUUGGAGCCAUCAGUGGUACACUAUCAGUGACAGAUUUCAAAAUGUAUUUCAAGAAUGUUGAGAGGGAUCCACAUUUUGUUCUUGAUGUUCCUCUUGGAGUGAUGAACAGAGUUGAAAAGAUUGGAGUGCAGAGCCAUGGAGACAACUCUUGUGGAAUAGAAAUUGUUUGCAAGGAUAUGAGAAACUUGCGGCUUGCCUAUAAACAGGAAGAACAUAGACUGGAGAUUUUUCAAAACCUUAUUAACCGAGCAUUUCCUCUUUCUCACGGGCUACCACUCUUUGCAUUUACCUAUAAAGAGAAAUUUCCUGUUAAUGGCUGGAAAGUUUAUGAUCCAAUGGCAGAGUAUAAGAGGCAGGGCUUACCCAAUGAGAGUUGGAAAAUAUCCAAAAUCAACAGCACAUAUGAAUUUUGUGACACAUACCCUGCCGUUCUUGUUGUGCCAGCUAGUGUAAAAGAUGAUGAUCUCUCCAGAGUAGCAGCAUUUCGGGCAAAAGGCAGAGUUCCAGUAUUAUCCUGGAUCCACCCUGAAAGCCAGGCCACCAUCACACGUUGCAGCCAACCUCUAGUGGGCCCAAAUGACAAGCGAUGCAAAGAAGAUGAGAAAUAUUUGCAGACGAUUAUGGAUGCCAAUGCUCAGUCCCACAAGCUCUUCAUCUUUGAUGCUAGACAGAACAGUGUUGCAGAUACGAAUAAGACGAAAGGUGGAGGCUAUGAAAGUGAAAGUGCCUACCCAAACGUGGAGUUGGUUUUCUUGGAAAUUCCAAACAUCCACGUGAUGAGAGAAUCACUGCGUAAACUGAAGGAAAUCGUUUACCCUACAAUUGAUGAAUCUCGAUGGCUGUCCAAUGUGGAGAGUACACACUGGCUGGAAUACAUACGGAUGCUUCUUUCAGGAGCCGUGAGAAUUGCUGACAAAAUCGAAUCUGGUAAAACAUCAGUGGUGGUGCACUGCAGUGACGGCUGGGACCGUACAGCUCAGCUGACCUCUUUAGCCAUGCUAAUGCUAGACAGCCAUUACAGAACUAUCAAAGGCUUUGAAGUCCUCAUAGAAAAGGAAUGGAUGAGUUUUGGACAUCGGUUUGCAAUGCGUGUAGGUCAUGGAGAUGAUGACCAUGCUGAUGCUGACAGAUCACCCAUUUUCCUUCAGUUCAUAGAUUGUGUUUGGCAAAUGACAAAGCAGUUUCCAGCAGCAUUUGAAUUCAAUGAGCUGUUUCUGAUCACCAUUUUGGAUCAUCUUUAUAGCUGUCUUUUUGGCACCUUUUUAUACAACUCUGAACAUCAGCGAAUGAAAGAGGAGAUCAGCACAAAGACAAUCUCUUUAUGGUCCUACAUUAAUAGUCAGCUUGAUGAAUUCAGCAACCCUUUCUACGUAAACUACGAAAACCAUGUCCUAUAUCCAGUUGCUAGUCUAAGCCAUUUAGAAUUAUGGGUGAACUACUAUGUACGAUGGAAUCCACGAAUGAGACCCCAGAUGCCAAUUCAUCAGAAUCUGAAAGAACUCCUUGUCAUCAGAACCGAGCUCCAGAAGAGGGUUGAAGAGCUGCAAAGAGAAGCAGCAACACGUUCCAUUUCUUCUUCAUCAGACCGGGGAUCUUCUCCUGCAGCCACACCAGUGCAUACCUCUGUCUGAUGCAAGGCUAAAACAGAGGUACACUUCUACUAAGGGCAUGUUCUGGCCAGUGGAAUACUCCGCCACCCCUGAGAGUAAUAUGUCGACAUCAACUCUUUCUGCUGUCUGUUACGCUGAAGUAAAAAAGUGCUUCCUUGCGUGUAACGCUGUAGAUGGUGGUUGCCAGGGUGUUGUUGUUUUUUGUAAUGUGUCUUUUUGAUGUCUCUAAUUGGCAAUUAGAAAGUUAAUUUUGAUCUUAAGCAACCUGCAACAAACUGCUCAGAAACUGCAGUGAGGACUUCUGUGGAACUGCCAAGCCCACAGUGAGCUAAAACAUACUGAUACCAUCCUUCCUAAAAGGGGAACCCCUCUGGUUUCCUUGGUACUUAUUACGUUUUUUAGGGGGGGGCACAACAAAUGCUAUAUUUCUUGGGACAGUUGUAGAUGAUCUGAUGCACUUUGAAAUGGAUUUAAUUUUUUAAUUAUAGCCAGUUGUAUAUUUUGAAUAAAUAUGCCAUUAAAGGAUGAGCAGGAUUUGCCAACUGUGAGACACUUGGUAGUUAUAAAGUAUAAUCUUCACAGCCAAGAUUGCUAAAUGAUGUUUUGCAAUUUUUCUGUCGCUAUUCGCCAUUUAUCUACCUGAGUGAGGUACUGAAUUGACUCAGUUGUGUCAUUCAUUGCUCUGUACAAAACUUUAGUUUCAAAAGGCCUUUUUCACCUAGCUAGAUUUUGAAACAUGUAAAUUGCAGGUAUUUUGUUUAUCAUAUCAUGUUAAAAAUCUGUACACACCAAGAGCCUUCGGUUGUUCUUAUUGCAUACAAGUCUAUGCAAGGCCAAACACUCUUCUUAAGCAGAGUUACAGGAACUAUUCUUUUCAAAUGUUUGGGGGUGGAGGGUAGUAAAUUGUAAUGAUAGAAAGUUUUUAGGAAAAACUGUCAUUAAUUGGUUCUUUGAAACAAUAAAGACUUGUUUUAGUCCUUUUUGAUUCAUUUUCUUCUGGGUAUGCAUUGCCCAUACAACGCGAGUGACCAACCAGCAUCAUGUCUAUUCUAGUGGCAGGGAUUGGAGUAAGGUGGCUCACAAUCUGUGGAGAACUAGGACUGCACUUCAGCCUACUCUCUGGCUUGUAAAAGGCGAGGCAGAUCCACUGGGGGCAGCGAAGGUGGCAUUUGCAUUGGUGCAACAGUAUUCUGUUCGGACUUCACUUGUCACAUAUUUGCCAAAAAAGGCUGAUAGCCACUGCCAGUCACCCACUUUUCUAGCCCCUGUAAAGACAUCCUUGCUUUGGGAUCAUUAAAAUAAACUUCCUAAGAGUUAAAGCUGUUCUGCAAUGGGGCAGUUUUGCUUGGGGAGGUGGCAAGCUGUCUUUUGCUGAAGGUAUUAAAGUGGAGGCUGGAGAAAUAUCUGUCAGGAAUACUCUAGUUGUAGAGCUUGUAUUGAGCAGGGGGUUGGAUUGGAUGACCUCUUGGGUAUCUUGCAGCUCUGCCACUUCAGAUGCCACCUUACAGCACCAUAUCUGUCCCAUUUUCACAGGCUUGAUGCUGAAACUCUCAUUUACGUUAAGCUUCAUACAGAAUUCCCAACUGGCUUUUAUAUCAAAAGAAUACUGGCUUUCCCUCUGCUAACUUUUUCCUUAUGAAUCCCAUUUUGUUUUUAGUGUCAUAGAACAGAAAUACGUUUCUUGAAAAUUUGCAGUUCAAAUGGAUUUCAAAAAGGGGGAAACUUUUUAAACAGAUUUUCAUUUAAAAUUCUAAAGCAUAGCAUGAAUUGCUAGAUACAGUGUUGGUUAUAUUUUUCUAGUUUAGAAAAUAAAGCAGGCUUUAAAUAUUUGGGAUUAAGUGUAGAAAACCGCAACUACAAUAGUCCCUUCUAGACCUUUUGUUUCCUCGAAGAGCAGCCCCACUUUGCCAUGUGGGAAGUUUCAAAAGAAACUUGUGAUGUGUCAAGGACAUCAGCUGCUCAAAGAAAAAUGUCAUGAAGUCUCACUUAGUGCAUGUCAUGGCUUUACAAUGUUGCUUUUAGAUACUGACUGCCAGAUUGUUUCAUGUUAAGCCUGCCUUUGGUCUCCUCUAGAGCAUGCAGGGUAGCAACCAGAGCUUUAAUUUUUUAAACCAACCAAAAAGGAAACAAUCCUUUUCACUCCAUGCAAAAGCUGGAAAAAAAUUGUUUAUGUUUUUUGUCCGAAAGUAGGCAUUGCUGCGUUGGAAAUAUGCCUUGAUGGUUGCAGAGAUAGGUAGAUGCUUUACAAUUCCCCAGCUAUUGUUUAAGGGAUUCAAGUUGCCUGCAAUUUCCCUCUCCUUUUUCAUUUUGGAAAAGAGUUUGCUGGCCUUGCGCUGCAUAUGCACGCCCACAGAGCACACACACAGGCACAUUGUUGUUGUACAAGUCUUUAAUU